GAGAGAUUGAGAGAGAGAUUUAGGGGAGAGAUUUAUCUUUCUUUCUUAUAAAACGCCCCUCCCUCGGUGAGCCGCCGCCCUCAUCUGCUCAUCUCCUUUCAUUCCCAGGGGAAUCUUCUUCUUGAGAUGCAAUAGUAUUUAAGCUGUUCCGCUCAGAUAAUAAGGUCAAUACCCGGCCAAAGUCCUAAUUGUGAUAAUCAUCUGGUUAACACCGCAAACUCUGGGAAUGAAUUCUGGAUAAAAGGACAUCUGAAUAUGGGUGCAGGUGGUCGGAUGCCAGUUGAUCCUAAGGUUAAAAAGUCACAAGAGGAAGUUCUUGAACGAGUUCCAGUCGCAAAACCUCCAUUUACUGUUGGAGACAUCAAAAAGGCCAUUCCACCACAUUGUUUUCAGCGAUCUGUCAUCCGUUCUUUCUCUUAUGUUGUUUACGACCUGACUAUUGCCUCCAUCCUUUACUACAUUGCCACCAAUUACAUACACCUCCUCCCCCAUCCUUUCUCUUAUGUGGCCUGGGCAAUCUAUGGUUUCGUUCAAGGCUGUUUCUUAACUGGAGUUUGGGUCAUAGCCCAUGAAUGUGGCCAUCACGCCUUCAGCAAUUAUCAAUGGCUUGAUGACACUGUUGGCCUUAUCCUCCAUUCAUCUCUCCUUGUUCCAUACUUUUCCUGGAAGUAUAGUCAUCGUCGCCACCACUCUAAUACUGGUUCGCUUGAGAAGGAUGAGGUCUUCGUUCCUAAGCACAAGGCUGAACUCAGAUCUUUUGCCAAGUACCUUAAUAAUCCACCUGGUAGAGUCCUCACACUUCUAGUAACACUUACUCUAGGUUGGCCGUUGUACCUCUUGUUUAAUGUUUCAGGAAGACAUUAUGAAAGGUUUGCAUGCCACUAUGAUCCUCAGAGCCCCAUUUACUCGGACCGUGAACGUGCCCAAAUCCUUGUUUCUGAUGCUGGCGUACUUGCUGUGACUUUUGGUUUAUACCGACUGGCUGCAGCAAAAGGUCUUGCUUGGGUACUUUGUGUUUAUGGAGCUCCUUUACUUGUCGUCAAUGGCUUUCUUGUUCUUAUAACGUUUUUGCAGCACACUCACCCUGCAUUGCCACAUUACAACAAAACCGAGUGGGAUUGGUUAAGGGGUGCUUUGGCAACAGUUGAUAGAGACUACGGAAUCCUAAACAAGAUCAUGCAUAACAUUACCGACACCCACGUGGCUCACCAUUUGUUCUCGACAAUGCCACAUUAUCAUGCGAUGGAGGCCACAAAGGUAAUCAGGCCAAUACUCGGAGACUAUUAUAGGCUCGAUGAGACUCCGGUCUUCAAGGCUAUGUGGAGGGAAGCAAAGGAAUGCAUGUACGUCGAGCCUGAUGAGAGCGGCAAGAAUAAAGGUGUCUUCUGGUACAACAAUAAACUUUAAAUUGAUUUAGAAGAAAAUGCCAAGAAGGGAAAGUUUUAAGUAUCAGUAGAUCAAUGUCUUUUCCCAUAUCAUGGUGACUUAGCUUGUUUCUGUUGCUCUGUACUGUGAACCUCUUGAUUUAAGAUAAUUGUUAUGAAUUAUUGCAUGAAUUGUGAACUCAGUUUUUAUCA